AUGGCCCCAACAGGCCAGGCCUAUUCCUCCUAUCAACCCCAAAGCAUGUAUAGCCAGCCUCCACCAACCACUUACUCCUACUACCCCACCCAGAGCUAUGCAGCCCAGACAGGGAUGCCAUAUCCUGCUCCUCAGUCUGGUCCUGCCCAGAGUUACUAUCCCCAUGUCAAUCAAGGAUACUAUACAUCGCAAUCACAGCAGCCAGUUGUGCACCAUUUGCCCCCUGCACCUGUCGGCAUGUUUACUCGCAAUUUAAUUGGAAGCCUGAGCGCGAGCGCUUUCAAACUUUCUGAUCCCGCCGGAAAGCUUGGGAUCUGGUUCAUCCUGCAGGACCUGAGUGUUCGUACUGAGGGAAUGUUCCGAUUGAAAAUGAACUUCGUCAACGUGGGAACUCCCCAACAAGCUCUCAGUCGCUCUGGAAAUACUUCAAGCAGUACCCCAGUCCUUAACCACGGCUCAGCUCCAGUUCUUGCGUCUGUCUAUUCAGACGUUCUGCAAGUCUUCUCGGCAAAGAAGUUUCCAGGUGUCAUCGAGAGCACACCGUUGAGCAAAUGUUUUGCUAUUCAGGGAAUAAAAAUUCCGAUCCGUAAGGAUGGUGUUAAAGGUGGUAGAGGAGGCGGUGCUGCCAUGAUGCUAAAAGGUGAUGACGGCGAUGGUGAUGAACAAUAUGACGAGUAG